GUGAGAACCAGUUAUUUUACCAGGCUGCUUUUCUUCCUCCAAAUUCAUGAUGCAAUUUCUUCCCUGGUUAACAGCAUUUGCGUAUUCAGUGCUUGUUUUGAUUUCAAUCUUGCAGCAGCAUGGGUCGCAGGCUAAAUAGCUGCUUGCUGGGAAUCGCAGUAAUUUUUCUACUUGUCACUUUUCACUCUCUCUUUAACAUCUUGUUCGUGGAAAGCUCUCAGAGGCUGAAACAUUCAGGGGCGCUGCGUUCUAAGAAGUUCAGCGACUACAUUGGCGUCAAUGGAGAAGCGGCAAUUUUUCCUCUGAAGUGCGAUACCUGUGCUCUCAUUGGGACUUCAGGUCAUCUAAGGAAAUCUACUUCCGGAAGGGAUAUUGACAAGAGUUAUUCUUGUAUCUUCCGUUUGGGAUUUUCACCUACGAGAGGAUAUGAGGACCAAGUGGGAUCAAGAACCACUGCCCGAAUUGUAGACAGUUUCAGGUUUUAUCCUUUCUUGAAAAAGCCUCUGAAACUAGUCACUGGUCCGUUUCCGUCUGAUUUCUGGUUUUUGUUUGAUCGCGCUGCUGGCGACAUCUCUCGUUUCCAUGGACCACUCCUGAAGGAUUUACUGCAAAAACACGAUUCCAAAUUUCUCUGGUUCAGCCGAGCCGUGGAGAGGAGCGUCCUGAAUUCCCUCGAUAGCAAACGAUUGAAGAAUGGAAUGAACCGGAUUUCUUCUUUGUUGUUUGCUACUCGGGUAAUAGAGGACGCUGGCUGUGAAUCUCUGACUGUAUACGGAGUUCCUGAUGCGCAGAUAUGCAAAAGAAAUCUUAACAUUUCCAUUCCUAGUCUAUACUGGGAUGAGAACUCAUUUCAUCUUUGUGAUUACGGCGUUGAUGCAAGCGUGAAAUCUACAAAUAGCAAGGCAUCUGUAUCCAUCGUGCCAUCCAUUGCUGAAAGGAGAUUGUUGCCGAAAUGGUUAGAACAGCACUUUUAUGCAUCAGAUUUCAAAUUUCCAUCUUGGGAAAACUGGACAUCACCUUAAGUACAAUGGCUAUACAAAAUAUCUCUAAUCCAGAAGAAUUUAAUCAUGUAUUCUCUGAAUCUGUGAUAUAGACUUUGACUAUGCUGAGUAUUCGGCUAACCUUAUUAGCACACGAUAUUGUACGAUAUCUCUACAAUGUUCUUCGAUGUUGAAUGCCAGUCAGUGCCAUGAAAAUAUCGAAACAAUCUUAUUGGGCAUUUUGUGCAAAGAAGGAAUAAACCGACAAACUCAGAGGGUUCUUAGUAGACAUCCAGAAGAACAAAAAUCACAGUUUAACAUGGUGUCAUACGUUAAAAGGAUGAACAUCGCUAAUAAUGUACAAAGUUUUGAUGACAGGCUUAAAUGACGAAAAGUGCAAUGACAAGAUCAAUCGAUUAAUUAUUAUGAGAGUUGUUGGAAGUAUUGGCCGCUGACAUCAUUGCACAGGCUACAACGAAGUAAAACUAUUUCCUGACGUCCUGCAUAGAACCGUUUUGAUGUCUACAGCAGUGUCGACAAUCCGCCUUCGUUGUGUCCAUAGGCAUCAUAUAAACGAAUUGAAGGUGACCUCAUAUGGAAAAAGUCACACGGAUAUAAUUACGGAGAACUUGGAGGUCAAAUAAUGGAUUCAUCGCAUUCAUUUCGCCUCCUGUGUAACAUCGAGAGAAUUGCGCAUCUCGCUGGGGAAAUAAGCAAGAGUGCCAUCAUUAAUUACAUAUAUUACAUGUAUCGCUGCACUGCGGCCGGCAUAGUUUGCAACAUUUCUGGGAGGGGGUGUUGCAGAAAAUGAAAGUACUGUUCAGCAUCGGAUUGUAAAACCCUCUGCGCUUUUGCGCAUGCGUUAGGAUAGGUUUAAUCCGUCAAAAUAGGGGUGAAAGGAAAUAUGAAAGGAGAAGAUGUUUCCAUUUACUAGUAUCUAAUAGGGGAAAUCCAAGGUCAAGGCGAAUACCGGAAAUGCACUCAUCGUUCCACGUCUCACCCUUUAAUGAAAUGGAGUCUUCGAAAUGUGGUCGUCUCAGAAUCCGUUGACGAACAGUAUGUUGCUCCAUUCAGGCUUUUGAGCAGAGGCUGCAUGCUUUUUUCACGAUUCUCUCUUUCUCUCUCAACGGGGUUUGCGACACCAUGUUCUAUUACAAUUUUUCCUCUUGACGCCUACUAGCAAACUUCGAAAUUUGCCGGUCCUAUAAUAGAAUCUUCUGUCAAAUAAUUUAUAUUUUUAGAGGAACUUUGCAUUAUGUAUGUGAGUGCUCAUAUCAAUUCAUUCAUAUGAUUUAAGUUUAUGUGAGAAAAAGUAUUUUCACAUUAUAUCAAUGAACUGUAAUUAUUAUCAAUAACAAUUCAAGUUGACAUAGAAGGUAAAACAUCAGGGGUAUAUUGUAGCUCUCAGUUAAAUAACCCUUAUUAUGAUUUUAAAGUGUUCGAAAAUAUUUCAUACAUCAGAAUAAGUUAUCAAUACUAUUGAUAUUCAUUCAUUGUGAUAGGAAUAGAUAGAGAAGCAUAAUCCACGAUUUUUUGAACAACAAAUAAUAUUGCUAUUGUUAUUUUUAAAUGUGCGUUCCAAAUAUCUGUUAUUUCAAUCAUAUUAUUAAUUAAAAAUUAUUACUUAAUAUUAAAUAUAAAAUUUAUUAAUUGUAAUUAAUACUUAAUUUACUAAUUUAACUAACGUGUGAUUGAAUUAAUUUAUCUGUUUCAGCUUACUUCUUAAAUUUUAUUUUUUUUUUCUUAAAACUAUUCAUUUAAUUUAUUUAUUAGAGUGAACCAUUUUCUGGAAAAGGUGAGAUAAAAAUAUAUGCAUUUCUUUAAAAUGUUUACUUUAGUCCUAUAUUCUACCAAUAGAUGGCGCCAGAAGUAAACAGAAUACAUUUAAUUAAAGUCAAUCACGUCACGAGCAAUUAAAAAUGAUCUGUAUGGAAUAGUGCAUCAUCAAAUACGAAUAUCGGUCACUCCUGUAAAGUGGAACGUUGACUUCACACCCUCCAGUGAAGCCUCGCACUUUCCGGUGAAAUCACCGCUCCGAUAAAUUUCAGUGAUAUGCAAUUCAAUGAUACGAUACGAUAAUUCCAAUAACCGGUCCGUUCACUUUUCAAUCCAAUCACAGAUUUCUUUCGAGAGCUUCCAUUGGACAAAUCGUAUCGUCACCGCUCCGGCAAAUUUCAGUGAUAUCGUAUCGAUUGUUAGUUUCUAUCGUGAUCCAAAACCUGUAAUCGAAAUAUCAUCAGUAAGAUCGUAUGAAGGAUUUGAAUCACACCCCUCUUUGAAAAGUAUUGAUCACUAGUAUUUGUGACUUUUUGAUAUUGGUUACGUAAUAACCGCUCUUAAAAUAUUCGUCAUCCCUAGGAAUAGAUAUGUAUGAAUUAAAAGUUGAAUCCAAAUAAGCACAAAAUGUCCGACAAUACCGUUACGAUAUCUUCACGAUAUUGUACAGCAUUUAGAAUAUCAAGCGACUUCACAUAAUAUUUUGUUUUAAAAGAGGUAAUUCUAUGAAUUUCUUUUUAUUAUCGUAAGACGAAUAUCAACACAUAUUAAGUGAUUCAUGAUUGAUGCAAUUGUUUAUAACUUUUUGAGAGCUGUCUACUUGAUGCGUCAGUAACUAUAAAUCCAAUGUUUAAAUGAUUAUAUUUUGAAAAGAAUGAUGGUAAUUACACUUUUCCAUAAAACAAUGCUGCUACCAUUAUUGUUUUUAGUAUUCAUAGUAUGUAUCAGCAUACUGUUAUCAGUCAUUGUUUUCAACAUUCAUUAUAUGCAUCAGCAUAUCAUCAACUUAUUUAUUU